AUGGCCUCUCAAGACGAACGAGCCUCCCUUGUUUCUAGGGUCAUUCCGACUAUGACGCUCUCCACCACCAAGAACCCCCUGACAGCACCUCUGCCAGCCGUAGCAUCAGUGUCUCCCGCAGAAAGGGCCGCAGCUCGAUUCCAUGUCGAGGGCAACGCUGUUCUUACUGGUGGUGCCGGCACAUUAGCAUUGGCGUCCGCUCGUGCUCUGCUUGAGCAUGGUCUCUCCGGUCUGACGUUGAUGGACUUACAGCCCACCAUUGACAAUUCCAAGGCCUCCAUCUCGGACUUGAAAAGCAGCUUCCCUGGAGUCCCCAUCCACACUGUUCCCGUCGAUGUCACCUCGGAAACUGCAAUCGAGAAGGCCUUUGGAGACGCGCAGAAGCUUAUGGGCAGCAUUGAUAUUCUCUGCUGCUUUGCCGGCAUCGUCGGAUGUGUACACUCCAUCUCGGCCUCUCCCAGUCAGUUCCGUAAAGUCGUGGACGUCAAUCUGACCGGAUCGUUCCUUUGCGCGCAGGCCGCAGCACAGCACAUGAUACAAUCUGGAAAAGGAGGCUCCAUCCUGUUUACGGCAUCUAUUUCCGCUCACUCUACAAACUACCCUCAACCACAGGCUGCAUACAAUGUCAGCAAAGCAGGAGUUGCGCACCUCACCCACAAUCUGGCGGCCGAAUGGGCCACCCACGGUAUUCGUGUUAAUUGUGUGUCCCCAGGCUACAUGGACACUGUGCUCAAUGCUGGUGACAAUUUGAAGCCAGUCAGAGACAUCUGGGAUAGUCGUUGUCCGAUGGGACGGAUGGGAGAUAUCGAGGAGAUCACCGGCCCUGUCAUACUUCUGAGCAGCAAAAGAGGUGGGAGAUACAUCACCGGUGCAGACCUUCGAGUUGACGGUGGUGCUCUAUGCUUUUGA